ACGUUUCCUUAACUUGUUUCAAUACUAAUGAAUCAAAUAAUCAAAUGAAUGAUUGAUUUUGACAAUUGAAUAUACAUCGAUGUUAAAACAUUUUGAUGAAAAGACCACCGGAUUUGCUAAACCUCCAGGUAUCCCCUUUCAAUGGCGAAAAAUAACCCAAUUCCUUGCCACAACUAAUUGAACAAGUAAGCAUUGUGAUAUAACACCGACUGAAAUUCGAAUACAGUACCGAUUUCAGUGAACUAUUUCUGUUUGUGAAAGGCAAAAGUAUCAAAAUACAUUACAAGAGUAUAAAAACUACCGCAAACUAAGGAUUAGUAUCAGUUGGUUUGGUUUUAAAAUAAAGAACAAACAUGGUUUUUAAGGAAGUCUGUGUCAUCGUCUUCUCGAUUGCAAUCUGUACAGCUACCAACCCACUAAAUUAUGCAUCCUACCAACAACAUCCGAGCUCCGCAGUGAUAACGCAAGUAGUACAGCCCGCAGCUUUAGUUCAACGUACAGCAGCAGUAGUCCAACCAGCGCUAGUACAACCGGCCAUAGUCCAACCCGCAGUAGCUUCAGUAAACGUUCCAGUAGUUCAAACACGAGUAGAACCCUAUGAUCCCAAUCCACAAUACAGUUAUGCCUAUUCCGUAAAUGAUCAAAACACAGGAGACUCCAAGAGCCAACACGAAACAAGAAGCGGUGACGUAGUACGGGGCCAGUACAGCCUAACGGAUCCAGAUGGCAGCCGUAGAACCGUCGACUAUGCUGCCGAUCCUCACAACGGAUUCAACGCUAUAGUCCAAAGAACUAUCGCUCUCCGACCACACUAAAUUUGCAGUCAGUACCACUUUCUUACGAGUCUAAAAAUGAUUUGGUCUUUCUAGCUUUCUGUGUUUGUAAUAUCGAUGAAUAAAAAAUAAAGUUAUUGUUUACAUAAUAUAAA